AUGGCCACCGACACUGACGUUUCUGUAAUUUCUGGAGAACUAAGCGAAACUACAGUAGAACAACACCUUAGAGCAACUUCCAACGAAAGUAGCAUAAUAAGUGAUAUAGUAGAAAAUAAUCUUCCAUUGCGAGAUGUCUACAAACUCGCUAUCAACUUUUAUAAAGAUAAAGAAGGCAAAGCUUUCCACUUUGGCUUUGAAGAUAAACUACAGCUCAUAGCGUUUUCUCAGCAAGUCCUUCAUGGACCUUACAUAGAAGCUUUGCCAAAGCUACCACCCUUAGGAGCCUUAGAUGUUGUUGGUAGAGAUAGAAGAAUUGCUUGGCAAAAAUUAGGACAACUGUCCUCCGACCAAGCAAGAGCAGGUUUCGUUGAAUUACUCAGUAGAAAGUGUCCUUUAUUUUCAGCUUAUGUAGAAGCACACAGGAGAGAAAAACAAGAGCAGGAACGGAGAAUUAAGGAAGCAGAUUCUAAGAAGCUUCUGGAAGAAGAAGUAAGACUGAAGAGGGUGGAGGAAGAGAAGUUUGUGAAUGAACAAAUGUUGAAGCAAGAAGCUAUCAGGAGACAGAUUCAGCAAGCACUAAAUGAACAAACUUAUGACCAAUUUAAAAGCUAUGCAGAACAGCAAUAUCCAGGUGAUCCUGAAAAGCAAGGGAAUUUAAUAAAACAACUUCAAGAGCAACACUAUAUUCAGUAUAUGAAGCAACUACAAGCAUCUCAGAGAAGCCCAAUAGAUGAUGAUAACAGUAAUCAGUCUGAUAGGGAUAUAAAUGAAACAGUUCAUGACAAUAAUUCCUCAAAUGAUAAUACAAAACAAGAAGAUGCUUCUGAAGAGCAUGGCUUGAUCUCUGCUAGUAUGUGGACCAGAUCUGAAAUUGAACCUUUCAAACAGAGUGUCUCCCAAGGGGAUGGAGAUGGGGUGGUCAGGGUGGGACAUGGAGAGACUGUUACUGUAAGGGUGCCCACACAUCCUCAUGGGUCAAGGUUGUUUUGGGAAUUUGCUACUGAUCAUUAUGAUAUAGGUUUUGGUGUGUACUUCGAAUUCGGCACGCCCACUACCGAAGAAGUUUCGGUCCAUAUAUCUGAAAGCGACGAUGAGGAUUUGGACGACUUGAAUGACGAUGAAAUCUAUGAUGACGAAACGAUACGAACGAGUGAUCUGGAAGCUGGCUCGACGUCAGUAAAUGGGGUGUCGAAGCCGUUGUUGCACGAAAUUGUGCCGGUUUACAGGAGGGACUGUCAGGAAGAGGUGUACGCCGGUUCGCACCCUUAUCCUGGCAAAGGGGUGUAUCUGCUUAAGUUCGAUAACAGCUACUCUCUGUGGAGGUCGAAAACGCUUUAUUAUAGGGUGUAUUAUACGCAUUAG